AUGGAUUCUAUCAUUGAGGUUCAGCGGCACACGCACGAGGAGAUUGAACAAUUUGAGAGAGCACUCUACACCAUCCUCUCUAAACCACAGCCGACGCACGAGUCUCGCCUGCAAGUAGAGCACAAGACGUCGCAGCUCCUGGACCGUCUCUCGUCUCGCCUCGUCUCUCUAAAGAACCUGUACGAGGACCAAGACACCAGGAAGGCAGAAGUUGACUCCCUGUCUGCCCACCCCCACCAAAACGACCUGUCGACAUUCUACUCUCGCGUGGGCAAAAUCCAGGAACAUUACGCGAAGUACCCGGAUGCUAUCGUUUCCGGCCUCGAUCCUGAGCUAGCGGCAUUCUUGGAAGAGGAGGAGGCGGGAGGUGGUGAUGAGGAAUACGAGGAAGAUGACCCUGUCGCACUACUCUUCUCUGGAGAAGAGGCUUAUGGGAAGUAUCUUGAUCUGUACGCCAACCACACUACAUACAACAACCUCAAGAACAUUGGCAAGCGUCUAGGCUAUCUUCAGUAUCUUGACGUCCUCCUUGCCGCUCAGUCCGAACCCGUACAUCAGGAACUGCCUAAAGAGUGUCGGUUGUCGAGGGAUUAUGAGCUAUAUAUCAAAGCUUUGCACACCUACCUUGCGUCAUUCAAGAAGCGCGCUCUGCCCUUGGUUGACUCUGAGUUCCAGCAACGUGAAGCCGAAGCUGAGUUCAACAAAAAGUGGGAUGCAGGAGAGAUCGAGGGUUGGGAAGAGGCACGCCAAACUAAGUCAGCGGCAAAUAGUGAAGGCAAUGGUGAGGGGAUCUGGUGCGCGGCAUGCCAAAAACUCUACUCUAAGCAGACCGUCUAUGAUGCUCACUUGACGUCGAAGAAGCACAUCAAGGCCACUCAGAAACAGGCCAGCUCACCUGAGCAGCCGCCUCCAAAUCCUAAUGGUACGCCUCAGCCAUCAACUAACGGGUAUGCCAAUGGGCAGGCAAUCGCGAAGGACAAACAUCGUACUGCUGCACUGCUCACACACCUGACCACUCAAUUGCUUGCCUCAUUGGCGUUGGUUCUGAACGAGACCAAGUCGAACGUCGAGCGUCGGUUUUCGUUGACCGCACGAGAACGAGAACAAGAGCUUCUAGAGCAGUCGAAACCACCUCCGGCGGCCGCUGCUCCUGCGAACGGAGAUGCGAAUGCGGAAGAGGAGGAAGAGGAGGAGCGGAUAUACAAUCCGCUGAAAUUGCCCCUGGGCUGGGACGGCAAACCCAUCCCAUAUUGGUUGUAUAAGCUACACGGGCUCGGGGUCGAGUAUCGCUGUGAGAUCUGUUCGGAUCAUGUUUACAUGGGCCGAAAAAACUUCGACAGACAUUUCCAGGAAUCGAGACACGCCUUCGGGAUGCGUGCUCUCGGAUUGCCGAACACCAAACACUUCCACGAGAUCACCCGAAUCGAGGAUGCACUAGCUUUGGCGGAGAAGCUCAAGCGUGAGGGCCGACACGAGAUCUUCGAGCAGGAAACGAUGGAAGAGCUAGAAGAUGAAGAAGGCAACGUCUACAAUCGCAAAACGUAUGAGGAUCUCAAGAAGCAAGGUCUUAUAUAG